UCACGAGCUACGUUAAUUACGUAGCCAAUCCAGGGAAACUCUACGUAAAUUACGUAGAUUUGGUGCCAGCGUGCUGGACCCUGGACCUGAGCAGCGGGCAUACCGGGUGACCUUCACGGACUGACGGUUGGCUGAGUGACCGACCAGACCCAUAAUGUCCCCUCCAUAACCCAGCUCCAGAACCCACGGCUCAGCUCGCCAUAAUCCCGGCUCACAGGUGCUGGUUCCCGCUACUGCUCGGAGGAAUGGCUCGGUGCUCGGUAGUGAACCUGCUGUGGUUCGGGAACCGAGUGAUCAGAACCGGAUUCCUACGACCUCUGCACACUGCAGCGGUUAGCUCCGCAGCAGAACCGCGAGCUGGGUUCAAACCCGAGAAGGUUGCCGUGGUAACCAAAACCACGCGCUAUGAGUUCGAACAGCAGCGGUACCGGUACGCUGGACUCUCUGAGGAGGACCUGGAGCAGCUGCUCGCCUUGAAGGGCUCCAGCUACAGCGGCCUGCUGGAGAGACACAACAUUCACACCAACAACGUGAAACAUAUUCUAGAGAGCCUGCAGAGGAAAGGCAUCCAGGUCCGAGUGGUGAAGAGAAGCGAGUAUAACGAGGAGGUGGUCCGAUGGGCCGACGCCAUUAUCUCUGCUGGAGGGGACGGGACGAUGCUGCUGGUGGCCAGUAAGGUUCUAAACAAGGACAAACCGGUGGUCGGAGUGAACACGGACCCAGAGAGGUCAGAAGGUCAUCUCUGCCUCCCUGUGCGCUACACCCGCGCCUUCCCAGAGGCUCUGGACAAGCUCUGCCGUGGUGAGUUCAGGUGGCUGUGGCGCCAGAGGAUCCGUCUGCAUCUGGAGGGAACCGGAAUAAACCCGACCCCGGUGGACCUGCACGAGCAGCAGCUGAGCCUGGAGCAACACAACCAGGCUCACCGGAUCACCACCAUGGACCACCAGAACAGUACGGGAAGCGGAACCUUACAGCAGACCUACUCCAAGUCCAGCCUGCUUCCUGUCAGGAGCCUGAAUGAAAUCUUCAUCGGGGAGUCUCUGUCGUCCAGGGCGAAGUUAAAACCCUUCAAACCACAUGUUAAACUCUUGCUCCAUAGGGCCUCCUACUAUGAGAUCUCUGUGGACGACGGUCCAUGGGAGAAACAGAAGAGCUCAGGACUCAGCAUCUGUACCGGAACAGGGUCCAAAGCCUGGUCCUACAACAUCAACAAGCUGGCUGAGCAGUCUGUGGAGGAGGUUCUGAAAAUAGGAGCGAAUCGGGCCGGAGUUAAACUCCCGCUCAGCCGGGAGUUCAUAGAAAGAGUAACCGACGAGUACAACGAGUCGCUGGUGUUCAGUCCUGAAGAGCGGCGCCUGUUCUACAGCGUCAGGGAACCCAUCAGCAACAGAGUGUUCACCAGCAGCCGCCAGAGAGGCUUCGCCAACAAGGUGUGCGUUCGCUCUCGCUGCUGGGACGCCUGCAUGGUGGUGGACGGCGGCACCUCCUUCGAGUUCAACGACGGCGCCAUCGCCACGGUCAGCAUGAGCGAGGAGGACCAGCUCAGGACGGUCCUCCUGGAAAACUGAGACGGGUCAUAGCGGGGGGGGGCGUCAGAUCGAACCAAAGGGAAGUUCUGGGUUUCCUGGCCGCCAUGAAGGAGGCGGCGACAGGUUCUAGUUGCCAUUGAUCCAGGAUCAGGUUGUUUAGUUCUCCUCAGACUCUAAACCCAUGAUGAUGAUGAUGAUGACCUUCCUGUUCAUUGAAGGAGGAAAGUGAAGCUGCGUUAACGUCUGACUGAUGUUUGCUAUUAUUUCUGCUCUGAUUUGGAAAAAAAGAGAAAAAAAAGUGUUUCUUUUUACCACAGAGGAGAACAACAGACGGUUCUGAAUGUUGUGACACACAAUCCAUAAAAUCUCUGCUUUAGAACCCAUAUUUGGUUCUGUGCAGCCAGGACCGGUCCAUGGAUGAGACUGGCUGAACCCAUAAACUGACGCAGAGCUCCCAUAAUAAACCAUAUUUAUCUGCAAAACAACCGCGGCGCCUCGCAGGAUCCUCGUUCUUUGACUUUUCAUCUGAACCAUCAGCUGUUAGAACUGGACCGAAA